UAGAUUGUUAUUGCCAGCAGCAGUAGCAGCUGGUUGACCUCGCACGACAAAUGUCUGGGCUCAUUUCUGUGGAAAGGAGUCCAAACCUGGAUCAGAAAUUACUCAAACAAUGGUCGAAUAAUGCAUCGGCGUCCCAAAGAACCGCUGCCACGAAUAAAAUGACACUUUGGCCACAGCGAUCGCCACCUGUUUCCCGCCUGUUGUUGCGAGCCGGUGUAGUGAUAAGCGGAGUUGCCUUUUUUUUCUUGUGUCUGACGUCAUUGCGUGUUUCACAGAGUCAGGAUACACAGCUCAAAAAGAUUCAUACCGUACUCCACCGACCCGUGUCGCAGGCAUGUGUUGGCGGAAAAUGCUUCUCACAAACCUCGAUGGACGAACAAUAUGCACAAUAUUUUAUUCCUAGAAAAGAAAAAGUGAAUCCUUUUCCGUUAAAAUAUGUAGUUCCAGGUUCAUCGAUAUGUUUAAAGGGAGCCCCCGUAUACUUGGUCAUUCUCGUGCCAUCUAUACAAACACACGUGGAAGAACGUCGUGCAAUACGUAAUUCAUGGGGAAGUGUUGCCAGGGGAAACCACUGGCCCCGGCAUCAUGUCAACACAACCGUAAAACUAGUGUUUUUAUUUGGUAAGGAUCCUGCCAUGAAAAAUAACAGAGUUGCACAGUUAGAGAGCGAGAUGUACGGUGAUGUCGUGCAGGGAGAUUAUGUAGAUACGUAUGCAAACUUGACACGGAAGAUGCUGAUGGGUCUUAACUGGGUAUCGAGUUAUUGUACCGACGCUGAAUACGUACUGAAGGCGGACGAGGAUACCUUCGUACACAUCCCUAAACUCGUGAGCGUCCUGGCUAGAACGCGACACCCUGCCUACCGGGGAGUUGUACUAGGACACGUGAAUGUGGGCGGCAUUGUAAAACGUGUAGGGAGGUGGAAGGUGGAACAAGAAGAUUACCCGUUUCCACAUUACCCUCCAUACGUUUCCGGUAACACAUACGUCAUUUCCUCUAACAUCGCAGCGUCCUUAUUCAGGGCGUCAGAAUACUUCCCGUACAUCCCCAUUGAAGAUGCCUACAUCACGGGUAUUUUAGCUAAGGCGGUCACUGCGGAGGUUAUUGACGUGCCAGGGUUCACGUUCUACCUAGACAGACCGCCUCAUGCCUGUAAUUACCUACAGGACAGUCGAAUCUCCUCCACAAAAGUCAGCUCUCACUUGAAGAUCUAUAUAUGGGAAAAACUCCUGUCGAAUUCGCUCAAUUGUAAGAGAAAACUAUACACAGAAAAUGAGGAGACACAGUAAACGAGGAAACAGAUAGGAUGCAAUCACUGACAGUGAACAUUAAGAUGAGAAGACAAGUGAUGAUAGUGAGAAGAUUUUAUGAUAUGAUGGUGACGCAAUACGACAGAGUGAAGACGUUAUAGAAGUGAGGAGACACGAUAUGGUAGUGAGGUGAUAGUAUGUUUUGGUAGUGAGGAGAAACGUUAUGAUAGUGUGGAGACACGUUAUGGUUGUGAGGUGACAAGUUAUGGUAGUGAUGUGACACGAUAUGGUAGUGAGAUGAUAGUACGUUAUGGUAUUGUGGUGGCACGUUAUGAUAGUGUGGAGACACGUUAUGGUUGUGAGGUGACACG